AUGGGAAUAGAAAUCUUAGAAGAAGAAAUCCAGAAGCUUUUCCGGCCGGGGCGCCGUGGCCUGCGGAGGGGCAAUACUAUCUGCUCCUACCAGGCUUUUAGCCAUGUUGUUCUGCCUUUCCGCGUGAUAAUUCCGCAGUGGAGGUGGAUUCUGGCCAAGGCGCCCAACGUGGCUCUGCUGAACAAUUGGCGCUGCGUUCCCGGCAUUGCCUUUUGCGGUGGCAUUUCUCUGUGCCCAGCACUCUCCUCGCGCGGCCGUGGCCCUCCCCACCUAAUGGCAUUGAUAACUGAAACUCCUUCUGCACCGACGAGCUACAAAGGGCGGUGCUUGUGCCCUGGCAGAGCUGGAAAUCGCGCGGGGCCAUUCUUCAUGUGCGAGAUGUCUUCGUGUGUAUGUGUGUGUUUCAGCGGAGGAGGGGGAGAGAAAGGGAGGAAGACGGCGAGGAAGGAUCCGCAAAUCAUAAAAUAUUCUUGUGAAGUUACCCAGGCUGUCUUUAAAUUUGGAAACCCCAAACUCUCAGGAGGUGACAAGCCCUGGAAUCCACACUGGUAUCAGCUCUGUGGGCCCCGAGGACACAAGACCAUAAAGAAGACAAUCUGGUCAGUGUGA